GAUUGAAGGUUGAGAGGUGGAGUAGGAUACGAAAGCGAUCUCUGCGGGUGCAGGUUAGCAGCGGACGAGGAGGAAGCCGGAGGCGGCUCUUGUUGCGUCUGAGUCGCCGCGGAGGACGCCGGAGAUGGUUGACCGGAGAUUCCGGGAGGCAUAUAGAGCUGCUGGUGGUACUGGUUGUGAAGGAAAGGUCCGGCGGGUGGAGGAUAAGAAGCCGGGGGCGUAGGAUAAGGGUUUGGAGAGGGUUUGAUGAAAUUACUGACAUCGAACGGAGGAGGGUAAGGGUUAGUGUUACCAGGUGAAGACGCCAUGGGUUUUGCAGAUUCAAGAUCGCCGGAGCUAAGGUUUGUUGAAUCGAUAGAUACAACGGGACACAAUGUAUGUAAAGAUACUGGAGAAGACCCUUUACAUUCCAAAAAUAGGAUCCGUAAGAUAAUUGCUUUGCAAAUGGUAUGGUAUAUAUCUUGAUGAACCAUAUAAAGUAAGCUUUUUCCCUCGCCUCUGCCUCUGCCUCUGCCUCCGUCAUUGCUGAAGGACCCUCUGAGUGGGUAAGAGGGUUUCACACAAAUAUACAGGAGCGAAAGCCUUACUUCGGAAGCAACGGAGAUUCCUGACCAUAGCAGGACGACUGAGGAGAUCGGAAAGACGAAUAGAAGAUGAGGAUCGCUGUAAUGACGGUCGAUGAACAGAUCAUCUCAUUAGAUGUUGAUCCCCAUGAGACUGUUGAAAAUGUUAAGGCGCUGCUCGAGGUUGAGACAAAUGUUCCGCUUCAGCAGCAACAGCUGUUGUUUAAUGGUAAGGAAACUCGAAAUUCUGAGAAAUUGAGUGCCUUGGGUGUUAAGGACGAGGAUUUAUUGAUGAUGAUUUCCAGUGCCUCAUCUGGCGCGGCUGGAAAUGACUUACGCUUGAACCCCGAUGGGUCAGCUGUUAACCCUGCAGCUUUCCAGCAACAUCUUCAACGCGAUUCUGGUCUUAUGGCACAGCUACUUCAGACCGAUCCUGACCUUUCACAAGCUAUUUCUGGCAACAAUUUACACAAGUUGCAAGAUAUUUUGCGUUCAAGGCAUCGCCAGAGAUCUGAAUUACAACGUCAGAAGGAGGAGGAGCUUGCCCUUCUUUAUGCGGAUCCUUUUAAUGUAGAAGCACAACGGAAAAUCGAAGCUGCAAUACGGCAGAAAGGAAUUGAUGAGAACUGGGCAGCUGCGCUUGAGUAUAAUCCAGAAGGUUUCGCUCGGGUGGUAAUGCUGUAUGUGGAUAUGGAGGUUAAUGGCAUACCUUUAAAGGCUUUUGUUGAUAGUGGUGCACAAUCAACAAUUAUAUCCAAGAGUUGUGCUGAGAAAUGCGGAUUGCUGAGACUCUUGGAUCAACGUUAUAAAGGUAUUGCUCAUGGUGUUGGUCAAUCAGAGAUACUGGGCCGCAUUCAUGUUGCUCCGAUAAAGAUUGGGAAUAAUUUUUACCCAUGCUCAUUUGUGGUGCUGGACUCGCCAAACAUGGAAUUCCUCUUUGGCCUGGAUAUGCUUCGUAAGCAUCAGUGCACCAUUGAUUUGAAGGAUAAUGUCUUGAAAGUUGGAGGAGGGGAAGUUUCAGUUCCCUUUUUGCAAGAGAAAGACAUCCCUUCUCGAUUUCUGGAUGAAGAACGUCUUUUGAAUGAAGCGUCUAGCUCAGGAGCAACUGUAUCGUCAGGAUUAACACAGAAGAAAAAUACCGAUGCGACCCCAGCAAGUCAACCUUCAGGAGCCACAGAGCACAGUACUUCACAGGGAGCUGAUUUUGAAGGCAAGGUUUCAAAGCUGAUGGAGUUGGGGUUUGGUCGUGAAGCAGUGAUACAAGCUCUGAGAUUGUUUAAUGGGAACGAAGAUCAAGCCGCCGGGUUUCUUUUCGGCGGCUGAAGGGAAAAAGAAAAAAGAUUCACAUCAAAGACCAAAUAUUUGUAUUUUAUUGUUCUUCACAAUGGAAAGGUUUCGGCCUCUAGCAAGUGUAAUCACAUUCAUCUUUCCAUUUCUCAUAUCUGUCAUCGGACAAGCAAAACUAACCUUUGCUUUGAUUGUGGCUACUACCACCCCCAUGUA